CCCCUUCUUAUUCUCUUCUCCUCUCUUCUCUCCAGCGCCGAACCCAACGACACGGCGACGCGAGCUAAGCGAGGCGGCGGCCGAGGCGAAGCCACCGAGCCACGGUUUGCUCGCCCCCGCUGCAAGGCCCGUGUUACAGGUCCUGCUUUUGAGAGCUGCAAGCCUGGCGAGCUGGGAUGGAUCUGGUGGGACCGUUGCUGGUCAGCAUGCCCCGCUUGCUUGAUCCCUCCGGCCUCCAGUUCUUCGGGUGGCUCAUCACCGCGGGCUCCUUCGGCCUGGCAGCGCUCAUCUACGCCCUCCUCAGGCUGCAGAGGGAGGCGUCGCUCUACUGGGCCAAGGCGGCCGCCAGGGAGAAGCGGGCCGCCUGGAAGGCGCUGCGGUGCCCGAGCUCCAGUCACACGUGGGACGAGGACCACUACCGUGGGGGGCAGCCCUCGACAUGCUGCGUGUGCCUGUCGUCGCUCGGCUCAUCGCAGGGCGUGGUUGGUGCGAGGGGUGCCGAGGCCGACAGCGUGGUGCACAGGUGCUCUGUGUGCGGAGUGGCGGCGCACUGGUACUGCUCGCCGGGUGCAGAGAAGGACUGCAAGUGCGUCGCGCAGGCUGGCGCUUUGCCCUUGCUGCACCACUGGUCGGAGAGGUGGGUCGAGCUGGACGACAACCCGGAGAUAUCCUCCUUCUGCUACUACUGUGAUGAGCCAUGUGGUGUUCCGUUCCUCGGUGUCUCUCCUAUAUGGCGCUGCCUGUGGUGCCAGCGGCAGAUCCAUGUUGAUUGUCACGCAAAACUGUUGAACGAAACGGGAAACACUUGUGAUCUUGGCCUGCUCAGGAGGCUUAUUGUUCCUCCCCAGUCGGUGAAAGAAGUUGGUCAUGGUCCAGCAAUCAGUGGAAUGUUCAACUCAAUCAAGGAGGGGUUUGUCACUUCAUCAGCUAGGAGCCAGGAUAGGAGGCAACGCAGCAAGAAACGCAACAAUAGCCAUCCUGGUGGCAAGACAAAUCUUCCUUCCACAAAUGGCUCAAUCCUUGAUUCACUGCUUGAAGGAUUGGCUAGAUUGCAGGGCCUGAAUGGGAAGAAUGCACUGGCAAAGCCUAAGUUGUCUGAAAAUUCUCCCAAACAAACAUAUGGAUCUGGUAUUACUAAUGGAGGAAAGAGGAAGUAUGAACUUGUUGAUUUGCCACAAGAUUCGAGGCCACUGCUGGUCUUCAUCAAUGGCAAGAGUGGAGGCCGAAAUGGAUCUUCUCUUAGAAGAAGACUGAACAUGUUGCUAAAUCCCAUACAGAUAUUUGAGCUAAGUGCUUCUCAGGGACCUGAAGUUGGACUGCAACUAUUCCACAAUGUGAAUCACUUCAGAAUCCUUGUUUGUGGUGGGGACGGAACUGUAGCCUGGGUUCUUGAUGCCAUUGAAAAGCAGAACUAUGAAUCUCCUCCCCCUGUUGCCAUUCUUCCUCUGGGAACUGGAAAUGACCUAUCGCGUGUUAUGAGCUGGGGUGGGGGUUUAUCCUCUGUUGAACGACAAGGAGGAAUCUGUGCACUUCUAAAUGAUGUUGACCACGCAGCUGUUACAGUCCUUGAUCACUGGAAUGUAGCCAUCAAAGAGAGGAAUGGAACAGAAGGUCAAUGCACCAAGCACGUAAAAUUUAUGACUAAUUAUUUAGGUAUUGGAUGUGAUGCAAAGGUUGCUUAUGACUUCCACACCACUAGGGAGGAAAGACCAGAUAAAUUUUGCAGCCAGUUCGUCAACAAGCUGAUAUAUGCUAGAGAAGGUGCUAAGGAUAUGAUGGACAGGUCUUGUUCUGAUUUACCAUGGCAUGUUAGCCUUGAAGUUGAUGGAAAGAACAUUGAAAUUCCAGAGGAUGCAGAAGGUGUGAUUGUUAUGAAUAUCCAUAGUUACAUGGGCGGCGUUGAUCUUUGGCAAAACGACAAUGACCAUGAUGAUGAUUUCAGUUUGCAAUCAAUGCAUGACAAAGUGCUUGAGGUGGUCUGUAUAUCGGGGACAUGGCAUCUAGGCAAACUGCAGGUUGGACUUUCAAGGGCACACCGGUUAGCCCAAGGAAAGGUUAUAAGAUUGCACCUGCACAGUUCAUUCCCUGUUCAGGUUGAUGGUGAACCAUGGAUCCAGCCACCUGGCUGCCUUGAGAUUUCUCAUCGUGGACAGAUGUUUAUGUUGAGGAGAACAUCUGAAGAGCCCACUGGGCAUGCUGCCGCAAUCAUGAGUGAUGUCCUUGUGAAUGCAGAGUGCAAUGGUGUGAUUGAUGCUGCUCAGAAGAGAUUGCUCCUCCACGAGAUAGCACUCCGUUUAUCGUCCUGACACAACAUACAGUCAGCUCCCCUUAUCUCACAAGGCUAACACCCUGCUGUAUCAGUAGAUACCAACCCCCCCCCCCUCUGUUGAGAAAUCCCUUCCGUUGCACAGGUGUAAAAUGCAAACGGUAGAGUUGAUGUAUACAAGCAGGAAAUAGAAAAUUUCCGCGUUCGGGUUUUGUCUGAGAUGCGGUUCAAGUGGCUGUGAAGGUGAGAAUUCCAGUCCAUACAAAGAGUUUUGUAGCACAUAGAGCAUUGUAAUUGCAAAUAGGGCUCGGUGAGCUGUGUAACUAGAGAGUGUCCGGUGUUGUUACAGAGGUAUAGAUGCAAAGUACUAUGUCACUUUCUGAGGUCUCUAAUUUUGCUACUUGUGACAAGUGACAUGUGAUGCUGUUGUGAAGAGAUUCAUGGUAAUCAUCCA